AUGAAGGACCAGAGUUGCUACUUUGAGCAUCGGAAUACGGGUGUCGACGGAAUGUACCAGGGUCAAAUCAGUCUGACAGGCAUGGAGCUAGAGAUCGCAGAUGCCGCAGCCACAGCUGGCUUUAAUACUUGGCAACAUAUUGCAUUGUACGAUCUCAUCUGGGCUGUCAAAAGAGUCGCCUUUCGGCACUGCCAGACAGAUUCCAGACCACCAAAACCUAAAGACCCUCUUUACCCUGAUCGAUAUCGUCCAUCUGGGCUCGGCGACACUACAAGCAAGAAGAGGCUACGACCAUUUCCUAAUCGACUGUUCCCCACAACCAUCAAGCUUGAGGAUAGGAUCGUUGUACCCAAAGUCCCCAAGAAUAAUCGCAGGAACAAGAAGUCCUUAAAAGAUACUGUUGUCCCUCCUGUCCCUCUCACUGUCAAGAGAGGCUUCAGUGAGCACGGCACCAGGGAUGAUCCUAUUGAGCUUGUGUCCAACGACGAGGAGGAGGAAGGUGCCACUUCAAAGAAGCGAAAGCUCAAUACUGGUGGUGCAAAGAACAACGGGCAUGAGGCAAACCAGUCACGCCUAAGGGCUACUGCUUCCACUUAUCAUCCACAUGCCAGCGCCGGCACUGUCGCACAUGAGAACCAUCUCCACACUGCUGCCGACAAUGCCCAAAGAAAUGUGAGUGGAGGGGUCUUCACUCAGCAACACGACUUCGUCCCGCUGGACAACCUCGGGAAAGGCAAUCAACCAGACGCUAGGGCAUGCAAUACAGGGCAGCCACAGGUAGUGAAACGACAGUAUCCUGCGCGUCUCCCAUCCAAAGGAAAUAACGUACCUGUGCAGCUACAUGUGGUACGCAACAAGCUCAACGUGGUUGAGCGAGAUAUUCAGACCUGUCGAAACAUCAUGAGAGAUGCGUUCAAUUUGUGCGCUGAUAGGCUCAAUCGGGAUGAGACAAUUGAUGACAUGGCCAGACUGAACGAGCAGUUCACGAAGGUCGAGGACGCUGUCGCCGAUGGUGUCGAUUGUAUCGAUCGAGUGAAGAACGUCUUGUCACAAAUCUGA